AUGUCCGCAAAGAUCAACCCCUGGGGCUCCGUCCGGAGUCUCGCCAUACGAACGCGACCUACGCGAUCAUGCCCCGGUCGGCCUGGAGCUCUCACAGCAGCAGCAGCAGUGGCAAGGAGAGGACUGACCCAUGACACAACCACGAGACCGCCCUCGGACGAUGCCUCGAUACCACCCCCCUCGACUGCAGAGUACGAAGCGAAGCCGCUAGAAAUCUUCGCCCCCAACUUCCUCAAUGCCGAAGCGCUGGCUGCGCUCGAGCAAGCCGCGGCCGGCCAAGACAUGUACGGGGAGGACGGCGAGGGCCUCAAGUUCGGCAUGCCCGAGCGUCCGGGCAAGCACGAGCAGCUGCAGGACCGGUACCAUCCCGUAAUAGAGCAGGUCACCAAGCUGCUCAUGCGGGACGGCAAGCUGAGCAAGGCGCAAAGGCACAUGUCCCUGAUCCUAAACUUCCUACGCACCAGUCCCGCGCCCAAAGUGUCGCCCCUGCGACCUCUCCUCCCGGGCUCGCCGCCGGCGUCGCACCUGCCGCUCAACCCGCUCCUCUACCUGACGCUGGCAAUCGACUCGGUGGCGCCGCUGGUGCGCGUCAAGAACAUGAAGGGCAUGGCGGGCGGCGGGCAAGCACUAGAACUGCCGGAGCCGCUGGCGGCGCGCGCGCGCCGUCGCAUCGCCGUCAUGUGGAUCCUGGAUGUCGUCAACCGCAAGAAGUCGACCGGCAGCGGCCGCGCCCAGUUCGCCACCCGCUUCGGGCAGGAGAUCGUCGCUGUCGUCGAGGGCAGGUCGUCCGUCUGGGAUAAGCGCCAGAUGAUCCAUAAGCUCGGUACGGGCGCUCGGGCGAACUUGAGUCAUCCGGCUGUGUCUGGGCGGAGGAAGUAG